AUGGAAGAUGCAAAUAUACAAAACGGAACACCUUCCUCUUUUGUUCCUGUUCAAUGUCUUCCAUCAUUUUUCAGUGUUGAGAACAAUGUCAGUAACACAUUUAGAAGAACUACAAUGUUAUUAGAAAAUGAAGAAGAAGAGUCACAGAGAAGUGGAGUAAUAGAAAAUAAUGGGAAUCUAAAGGGUAUCCGACCGCAUGACGCAGUAGAAAAGAGUAGGAACUUAACCACUCCUGCUUUCGUUCCUGUUCCAUAUUUGCCAUUUACUUUUGAAACUCUCAACCUUCUCAGAAAUCAAGCAAUGCAAGAACACCAGAUCCAAAACGAAAGUGUUAUCUUUGGACAAUCAGUCAUACAAAGUGUACAAGAACAAGUACAAACACUAUUCAAUAAAACUAUUGAAAACAACCCAAUCACAAAUACUUUACUACAACAAAUGAUAGCGAAUUUGAAGACACAAACAAUGUUUUUAUUGAUCAAAAUGAAAAUGAUGAAAAAUAGGAAAGAGAAGAUGAAAAAACGAUAA